UAGCCCGCCUUGAGCAUGCCAUCCCCGGCGGUUAUGAAAAGGUUGUGUGAUAUUCUAAGCCCUUUUCUGUUUCAGGGACUGGUCUUUUACAUUCCCCAUUGGCUCUGGAAGAGAUGCGAAGGGGGGAGGCUCCGCUCACUCUCCGUCGGCCUCUCCGCCCCCUUCAUGGACAAGGAGCUGCGCCUCGGGAAGAUCCAGAGCCUCGCCAGGUACCUCCACACCUCGCUCCACCAGCACAGCACAUACGCCGUCUGCUAUUUUGUUUGUGAGACGCUGAACUUGGUCGUCUGUUUCUUCAACUUGUGGUUCAUGGACAUGUUUCUCGGCGGAGCGUUUUCCACCCACGGUUUAAGUGUCAUGGACCUCAUUCGGGACAACGAAGAUGCGAGGGAAGCAACCAACAUGGCUUUCCCAAGAGCCACUAAAUGCAUAUAUCACGUUUGGCCUUCGGGUUCAAAAAUGAAAGCGAAAUUAACACUUUCUCGUUGCACAAAAACUCCCAGCCAUUAAGCAUCAGUGGCGGUA